AGAGAGAGAGAGAGAGAGAGAGAUCUGCAGCAGCAUGCUCCGACAGAGUGAACAACUCAUGCGAGAGGACUAGACCGAGUCCGGAUUCGAGCUUAUGUUCAAGGCUGAUUUUCAACUCUUUUAAAAAAAAAAAAAAAAAACAUUUUCCACAAGUUUGACUCUGCGGACAGCAACGCGGCUCCCGUCCUCGUUUCCCCGCCGUGGAUGAGCGCAAGACGCGUGGAUGGUUAUGUAAGUUUGUCACCGCGGAGGGCGGCUGUGCGGGAUUUACUGCAGACAUUUACCGAGCGGAAUAAUUAAAGCUUCGCAUAGAAAAAAAAAAAAAACUAUUUGCGCACAUUAUAUUUCUUUAAAAAAAAAAGUCACAUUUGAUGUGUUUUCCUGACGCUGUGCGCGGGGCCAGCCUCGCUGUUCGGGGUGUGUUUCGCCUUCAUUUCAUCGUGCACUUGUAACGUUUGUAGCUCGGUAGACUUUUUUUUUUUUUGCACAUGUGCACGGCGAAACCGAGCUGCACGUAGAAGUGGAGCCUGAUGAAGUUAUUCUGCAACAGGUUUGAAAAGUCAGGACAGCCACUGGACCAAUCGACUGCAACAGCGAUGCCUUCCAACAAAUACUCUGCUGCUAUCAUGGAGGAGAGCAACAACAUGAACGCCACUGCGCCGCUGAACGGAGACACACCUCCAGCUGUGGGCCUAUCAGAGAACGACAGUGGCGUGGAGCUGACCAAUGAGAACAGCCCUCUGACCGCGGCCGAACCGCCCUCACCCUUCAGCCCCAAGCAGAACGGAGACGCUGCCUCACCUCAAGAUGGUAACCAGUGUUCGGGGGGAAGCAGGAAGAGAGGCAGGAAGAAGUCAGAGGAGGAAGAAAGUACCUGGGACUCCUACAGCGAGGACAAGUCUUCAGGAGCGUCUCAGUUGGGUUUGAGACAGACACCUCGACCCAGAACCAUCUUCCAGGCCGGUCUGACGGCGCGCACACGCAACAAACCUCGCAGACAGAACCGCAAACAGGAGCACAGCAUGUUACUGUUUGGCGGCGGUCCUCGGGCGGCUGUGGUUGUGUCUGGCGGGGUCCCUGAGGCCCCCCGUCUGGAGCUGAUGGAACAAGACUCCAAGGACUCGGCCCAGAGCACCAGCACCUCAUCCAGCUCCGAAAUCCAGCCAGAGUACAAUGACAACAAGGGUUUUGGCAUCGGCGAGCUGGUGUGGGGGAAGAUCAAAGGCUUUUCCUGGUGGCCCGGCAUCGUGGUGACGUGGCGCGCCACCGGCAAACGGCAGGCCAGCCACGGCAUGAGGUGGCUGCAGUGGUUUGGAGACGGCAAGUUCUCUGAGGUUUCAGCAGACAAACUGGACUCCAUCACUGCCUUCCCCAAGUUCUUCAGCCAGGCUUCCUACACCAAGCUGGCCUCCUACCGUAGGGCUAUCUUCCAAGCGCUGGAGAUGUCCAGUUUCCGGGCGGAGAAGACGUUUUCUCCCUGCGAGUCGGACAGUCCAGAAGACCAGAUCAAACCCAUGCUUGACUGGGCCAACGGCGGAUUCCUGCCCAAAGGAGAGGAGGGACUCAAACCUACACGCACCGCCGAAAGUAACCCUCUGGACCACCAGGUCCUCGAUGUUUCUCUGCCAGAGUAUUUCCCCAGCGCCAAGCGGCCCAGAGUCAGCCUCUGUAAAAACAAGGCCGCCCCUGAGGAGUCCUACAGCAGAGAACAAAUGGUGAAUGAAGUUCUGAAGAAUAAAAGAAGUAUAGAAGAGUUCUGUCUCUCUUGUGGAAAGAUGAGAGUAGCAACCUUCCACCCACUGUUUGAAGGAGGCCUGUGCCAAACAUGCAAGGACGUGUACCUGGAGAUGUCCUACAUGUACGAUGACGACGGUUACCAGUCCUACUGCACCGUUUGCUGCGGAGGUCGAGAGGUUCUGCUCUGCGGCAACGCCAACUGCUGCAGGUGUUUCUGCGUGGACUGUCUGGACAUCCUGGUCGAUCCCGGAGCGUCUAACAACGCUCGGUAUCUGGACCCGUGGCGAUGCUACAUGUGCCAGCCGCUGCUGCAGUACGGCGUCCUGAAACAACGGCACGACUGGAGCCUCAAGCUGCAGGAGUUCUUCGCCAACGACAACGGACAGGAGUUUGAGAAACCAAAGAUUUACCCAGCAGUCCCUGCAGAGCAGAGACGACCAAUCAGAGUCCUCUCCCUGUUUGACGGCAUUGCCACUGGCUACCUGGUUCUAAGGGACCUGGGUUUUAAGGUGGACCAGUACGUGGCGUCAGAGGUGUGUGAGGACUCCAUCUCAGUGGGCGUUGUCAGACAUGAAGGAAAGAUCCAGUACGUCCACGAUGUCAGGGACAUCUCAAAGAAAAACCUUCUGGAGUGGGGUCCAUUUGACCUGGUGAUUGGAGGAAGUCCCUGCAACGACCUGUCAAUCGUCAACCCUGCGAGGAAGGGCCUCUAUGAAGGCACAGGGAGGCUGUUCUUUGAGUUUUACCGUCUGCUCAGCGAGGCCAAGCCCAAAGAAGGAGAGGACCGGCCGUUCUUCUGGAUGUUCGAGAACGUGGUCGCCAUGGGCGUCAAUGACAAGAGGGACAUCUCACGCUUCCUGGAGUGUAACCCUGUGAUGAUUGACGCUAUCGAGGUCUCUGCUGCUCACCGUGCCCGGUACUUCUGGGGAAACCUGCCGGGCAUGAACAGUCCUCUCUGUUUCAGGCCUCUGUGUGCCUCUGGGAUGGACAAGCUGCAGCUGCAGGACUGUCUGGACCACGGCCGAGUUGCAAAGUUUGGGAAGGUGCGCACCAUCACUACCCGCUCCAACUCCAUCAAACAAGGGAAGGAUCAACACUUCCCUGUCCUGAUGAAUGGGAAGGAGGACAUACUGUGGUGCACUGAGCUGGAGAGGAUCUUCGGCUUUCCUGUCCACUACACAGACGUGUCCAACAUGGGUCGCGGUGCCAGACAGAAACUCCUGGGCCGGUCCUGGAGCGUCCCCGUCAUCAGGCAUCUGUUCGCACCACUGAAAGACUACUUCGCCUGUGAAUAGGCACCACCCACCACCAGCAAACAGACGCCACUCGUGAAUAAACACCAGCUUUUCUAUCGUGAUGCUGGCUCUUCGUAAAGAGCUGGAGGUUUUCUCCGCUCUGUCGGCCACUUUGGCAGGCAAGCAGCCAGUUUCAGCAAAAAAUCACUGUAGCUGGGAAAUAGUGAAAGUAGCUGUUCGUCUGUGACCAGGAUCCUGGUGAUAAUGCACUGCAGCCUUAAACACACAUAACACACACUAACACAGAGAUACGCAUACAGCAUAGGUGAGCACCUCUGGCUGUGAUUUAUCACUACCCCAUAGUGUCAGAAAGAGAGGGAGGGUCAAAGGUCAGGUGUCUGAUUCGCGAAAGUGCAGUGAAAGUUGACGACACCUGACCCUUGUGCUUUGUUUAUUAACAUUAGGCCUCUACAGUGAUUUUAAUAGGAUAUUUUUUUCUUUUAAAAUGCCCUUGGAAGGCAUUGUUUUUAAGCUGACAACACUUAGGAGUUGUAGAAAAUAGAGAACGGCGCGGCACCAACGGCAGGCUACAACUUUUUAAGCGGCUCCGUAUCAGACUUUUUUUUAAAAAGAAGUGUAAUCGCUCAUCCCUCCGUUUGGCUGACGAUUAAACGAGCAGGGUGCUGAUACAGGCCGUUAAUGUAAAGAAAAACACUUUAAAGCUCACGUGAACCAAAGUCACAAGACGGACGGUUGAAGUCCUGCUCCCUGAUUGGGUAACCCGCUGUUCCACCAGCCUCGGCCUGAAUGUAUUUUCUCAAAAAAAGGGUUUGUCCAUCAGUCUGUCUAGAAAAGCCGCGACAUGAUACUGGAGUUUUCUAACAUAACAGACAUCUACACCUGUACUGGACGAUAAAAGGUGAGCGUCUGUUCAUUUCAAACAAGAUAAAAUGCAUGAUUCUUUUGUUAGCAUUCGACAGCAACAUAUCCCAUGAGUCUUAGCCACACGGGUGCGGUGAAAGCCUUGUGGGAGCUGUAGUUGUUCAAUGACAAUAAUAACAAAAUAAUCAGUAUUUUAUCUGCCUAUUUAGAUUCGAAUAUGGGAAGAAAACCUUUUGAGUUUUUCAAAAGACCAAUGAAAGGAAAAUACAUUCAGCAAUGGAAGCUAGUGGACCACGAGCUAACCUGGAAAUGAAGCAGGAUUUUGGCUUUAUAUUUAGAAGAGUUCAUAUUCAUAGUUUUUUGUUGUUGUUUGUUGUAAGAAAAACAAUAAUUUUACUUUUUGUCUUUUGCUUUGAGAUGAGUUCAUAUGGACAAAAUAGCUUCCUUAAAAAAACGAAAAAAAAAAACUGUUAUUAUAGAUGAUAUAAAAAUGUUUUUGUAUAGAUAGUGUGAAACUUUUUGAGUUAUCCUGUUAUAAUGUCACAGCGACAUCUCCCUGAUAGCUACAUACAAAUACUUGAAACAAGCCAAUGCAAAAACAGAGAUAUGGAGAAUGGGUUUUUGUCUUUUGCCAACCAUUCCAGACAGCUAAGAGUUAAUGAGUGAUGGCAUUUAUCCUACUGUAGAUGUUUAGAUUUUAUCUUAAAAAUAAAACUGUUUUAGUUUACUGUAAUGGCUUGAUGCCAGUGUCUCCACGUGUGGGUGAUCCUGGUUGAAAGUAGUGCAUCUGAAGCCAGGAAAGAGUGAGCGUCACUGUGUGUAAAUGUGGUUUUGCAGCUGUUUCUGUUCAAACAAACAAAAAAUGGUGGGAAACACUGGUGAACACGCAGUCUUUUUUUUUUUUUUUUUUUUUUGUAAACUAGCACUGACUACUUUUUGUUUAAAGGAGUUUUUUUUUUUUUUUUAGUUUCCAAAAAAACCUGACAAGAGGACUGCCGUGAAAAUCAUCUCUGUGAUGCUGGUUGAUACUGUGCUUAGUUUCGUGUGGUGCACAUGCUUUGGUACGCAGUAUGUAUAAAUACAGUAACUCUAAGUAAUUGUGAAAGUGAAAAAAACAAGAAUCUGAACGCGGCGCGUAUUCAUCGCCAAAAGAUCACCGAGUUAUUGCGACAAUGUAGACUUUUAAUACUCCUUAAUAAUGAUAAAGGUUGUUUACAGUCUACAGGUCUGUGCCAUUUCUGAAUUGUCAAUAAAUCAGAUAGCAGAAGGUCAUACUGUAUAAGUGUUAGCAUGUUCACCAGACAGAAGUAUUUACUGGACGGUUUAUUUUGGUACCAGUUCUCUUGAUGUGACCAAACUCGCAAAAACUCGCCGUAGUCCUUUGAAAUAUCUUUGUUUUGUUUUGACAACUGGAAGAUUUUUUAAAAUGCUGUUGCUGUCACCAAAUCAUACUAAAUGGGCAUUACCUCAGACAAAGGGGCAACUGUACAUCACUCCUCCUAUAGGAUCUCUGUUCUGUGAAAAUAUACUGUAGCUUUCUGCUCCCAUAUGCCCUCUAUAUAUAGAUAUAUCUAUCUAUAUCUAUAUAUAGAUAGAUAUAGAUAUAUAUAGCUUGUAUUUUAUCACUGGAACUUUUUUUACACAAUGUUUUGCGUACUGUAUUGAUAGAAAGGUUUACAAGUGUUUUAACUCUCUUGUUUGAACAAGAACUACAUUUUUUUUUUUUACACAAAAUGCACAAGCCUUCUUAAAGAAGUCUUUUUCUGUCAAGUUUAAAUGACCAGUUCAUUUAGAAAUGUAAGACUCCUCUGUGGUGCUCAAAGAGCCCCUUAAAGUGCCAGGAACCUCUUUUAGUUUUCAAGUCCUUUUUAAAAACCAAAAAGUAAUUGUUUACAUGCUUCAUUAAUACUGCUAAACUUGUUGAAUGUUUUGCUUUAAAACAGUACGCAAAAAUUCUUAGUUUUUCUUUCCUUUUUGUAACUGCUCUUUUAAAACUCUUUACAUUGAGAACACAUACGAUAUAUAUUAACACAGUAUAAAGCUUGCUUGAGAUUUGUAGCACGAUAUAGAGCAUAUUAAUCAAUAGCUUUUAGUAUCUUUUGUUAUUUAGAUGUAAACCAUUUGAGUGUGUAUUUGUAGGCUUGAGUGUGAAUGAUAUCUGAGGACAGAUUUUUUUUUAAUUAGUAUAACCUUUUUAUGCUGUAUCUUUUAUCAGAAUCACAUUUUAGGAUUUGUUUUUCUUUCGCUUUUUUGUGCCUUUUUAUGAAUCCACACUGCAAAAGCAAUACAAAAGGACAGAUUCUGUGCUAUUUUUAUACUUCAUUUGAUGUAUUUUUUAUGUUUGAGUACUUCCUAUAGCAAUCUAUAUAUAAUUUUUACUCAAUAAAAUGCAGCUUGGCUGCUAAAAACCA